GCGCAUGCGCACUAGGGCUGACCCCUCCGGUUUCUGCGUGCAAUGCCACGUUAGUAGCGGUAGACACAAAAUACCAGCUACUCUCCCAGCCCUUAACAAGAAAAACAGACCAAAACCAAGAGCUAUUUCCCCCAGCUGAGCCGUAGCCGACCGUAUCUGCAGCUCUCGUUUUCUCUGUCAAGAAGAAGACUCGACGGCAACUAUGUUGAAGUUUCUGCUCAUCUGCACACUGGCUGUGGCCAGCCGGGCUGAGAUCACUGAGGAAGAAGAUGUCCUGGUGCUGAAGAAAAGUAACUUCGACGAGGCUCUCAAAGCUCACCCUCACAUCCUGGUUGAAUUUUAUGCCCCAUGGUGCGGUCACUGCAAGGCCCUGGCUCCAGAGUUUGCCAAGGCCGCUGGCAUGCUGAAGGCCGAGGGAUCAGCUGUCCGUCUGGGUAAGGUGGACGCCACAGAGGAGACCGAACUGGCCCAAGAGUACGGUGUCCGAGGAUACCCCACCAUCAAGUUCUUCAAGGGUGGAGAGAAGGAGUCACCCAAAGAGUACUCUGCUGGCAGGCAGGCCGAUGACAUCGUCAACUGGCUGAAGAAGCGCACAGGCCCGGCCGUCACUCCCCUGGCUGGAGUCACCGAGGCGGAGUCCCUGAUCGCUGACAAUGAAGUGGCAGUUAUCGGAUUCUUUAAGGACGCAGAGUCUGCCGGUGCCAAGGCCUACGAAAAAGCUGCUGAAGCCGUAGAUGACAUUCCCUUCGCCAUCACCUCCGAUGAUGCUGUUUACUCCAAGUUUGAGGUGUCCAAGGACAGCGUUGUCCUCUUUAAAAAGUUUGAUGAAGGGCGCAAUACCUUUGAUGGAGAGCUGACGAAAGAAGCACUCCUGGCUUUUGUCAAGGCCAACCAGCUGCCUCUGGUCAUCGAGUUCACUGAGCAGACCGCCCCUAAAAUCUUUGGUGGAGACAUCAAGUCCCACAUCCUGAUGUUCCUGCCCAAAGCUGCUUCAGACUUCCAGGACAAAAUGGACCAGUUUAAGAAAGCCGCAGAGGGAUUCAAGGGUCGGAUCCUGUUCAUUUUCAUCGACAGCGACAUUGACGACAACCAGCGCAUCCUGGAGUUCUUUGGCCUGAAGAAAGAGGAGUGCCCCGCCAUCCGCCUCAUCACCCUGGAAGACGAGAUGACCAAGUACAAGCCAGAGAGCGACGCCAUCACAGCAGAAAGCAUCACCAGUUUCUGCACACUGUUCACUGAGGGCAAACUCAAGCCCCACCUCAUGAGUCAGGACAUCCCUAAAGACUGGGACAAAAACCCUGUCAAGGUUUUGGUCGGCAAGAACUUCGAGGAAGUUGCCUUCGAUUCCUCUAAGAACGUCUUUGUGGAAUUCUAUGCACCUUGGUGUGGACACUGCAAACAGCUGACUCCCAUCUGGGAGAAGCUGGGAGAGAAAUACAAGGACAGCGCUGACACCAUUGUUGCAAAGAUGGACUCCACAGCCAACGAGAUCGAGACAGUCAAAGUCCACAGCUUCCCCACUCUUAAAUUUUUCCCUGCAGGAGAUGAGCGCAAGGUGAUUGAUUACAACGGUGAGAGAACACUGGAAGGUUUUACCAAGUUCCUGGAGAGUGGCGGUAAGGAGGGCGGCGCCCCUGCAGGAGAUGACGAGGAGGAACUGGACGCAGAUGAUUUAGAUGAUGUGGAAGAAGGGCAGGACGAGGACUCUGAUGGUGAGGAUGACGAUGGACAUGACGAGUUGUAAGAGCCGGCAGAGGAGAGAAAGGAGGAGAGAGAGGAGACGAGUCCCGCCCCAACCCUUCCAACCAGUCACCAUUACCACCUUCACUUCCCUUGUGGACCUUCCUUGUCCUGUGAACAUUAAUACUUCCCCUUUAACUGCCUCUCAGUCAGUCAGCCGGCCUGCUAGCCAGCCCGCCAGUUAGUCAAGUCAGUCCAUCAGUGGCGUGGCAGAGCCUUUUGUUUUUUUGCCAGCCACAUGUCCAACCUCACAACUUCUGGUCAGACUGGUCUUGUCCCACCUUGGGGGGACUCUGUGGAACAGCACACCACCUCUAUGGGAGACCUCAAUGCCUUCUCUACAAAGCUCCACAUCAACUGUUUGCCUUGUAUAUUUUAAACCAAAUGUAAAAAAAAAAAUGGCAUUGAGAUCCAGUUUUGAAACCAUGUUUGUCUUUCCCUGAUGAUUCUUGCUCCCCUCCUCUUGCCAUUGUUCACUGUGGGUAUGAGCUAAAUGAGUGUUGUAAACUGUAUUUGCAGGUAAGGGGGGGCUGCCAAUGUUCUUCUCCCUCUGAUAGAAAUCCAGAGGAGCAGAGUCUUGUGUGGUGGUUUUGUAAGGACUGAUCUCUCAGGGGACAAGGGGCCAUCCUAUAGAUGUGUUUAUUUUGUAAUGUCUUCACUAAAGUAAACCCCACAGAGCUCAUCCAGUGUAGCACAAAGGGGCCCCCCUCAUCUGUAGCUGAGACCAAUUGUUUUCUUUCUUUUGGUGUGGGUGGGAGGGGUGGUGGGAGAUUUCAUUCCCAAUUUUUCAGUUCAGGCUCUUCAUUUCAGCACGGCUACUGACUAUUUUCUGAAAGGAACAAAGGUUAACGUUUUUUGGGGGGAAAAUCCUAUUUUAUUUAAUUGCUUUCAAUAUUAGGUUCUUUUUGUUUUUUUAACGUAGGACUUGUCAUUUUUAAUGAUGUACCGUUGUGCCCAGCUGUAGCCAGUUGGCCCUGUUGGGGCAGAGUUGGCCCUUGGACACACUCUCAGACCUGGGAUGAUUUAUUAUUUUUUUUCUUCUUUUCUUAUUGGAGCCAGUUCUGAUAGGUUGCACUGCAUUCAUGCCUAAUUCAGAGAUUCAUUGUGGUUACUAAAGGACCCAGAGAUUGGUACAGUCUUAUGGUCAGGUUGGUCUGAGAGAAGUGUCUAUUAUAUCUGAAGCGUGGAGGGAACCGUUGCACAGCCCCACCCCUCGAUCCAUACUGUACCUCCUGCAUCCCUUUUAGCUCUACCCAACACCCUCGUUGCCACAGCAGUUGUGUGAAUGUGUGUUUGUUGUGUGAGUGAAUAGUUUUGUCUGAAUGUUGGAUUAAAAAAAAGAAAUGUUCAUGUUUUCUGGUUGUCCAUGAACAGGAAGAGUGAAUGUACUGUGUGUUUGGCAGGGAAGGGAGGCUUGAGUAGAGCAAGGUGAUGGGUUUGACAGCUGUACAGCGGUGGGGGAAACUUAACAAAGCAUUCCAUCAUAUCCAAAUUGAUGUGGAAAACGUGAAAUGGUGGCCAAUAAACAAAAAAAUAUAAAAAUA